GCAUGUGAACGACUGUCAUGAUGUCCCCCAAGGGGAACAUGAGAUUAUUUCUGCACGGCGUUCCUGGUAUCCCCCUUGGAGACGUCGAGUUAGAAAUUUAUCGACAGGUAAUCCCUAGAGACGUGUCCUAGUUGAUUUUAGCAGAAUCCAGGGAGCCUGAAUCGUACGCUCCAAUCACGCGGCAGAGCUAUGACUGAGCUAAAAAGGUUGAGUCCCCAGGGGGUGGCCUCAUGGGUGUUGUUAGUUCCCGGGCAAUUCAAUAUUCAUUUUCUGACGUAGCUUGGCCCACAUGCGGCGGCUAGGUUUUCAGGGAAAACAGCUUUGUAUGGUUUGCUAGACGAUCUGUAGAGAUUCAUUCUCAGCUUUCCUUUUUAACAGCUAAGAAGGGGAAAAUGUCGCGAAGGAAACAGGCGCGACCGAAAUCGUGCAAAAAUGAUGAAGACAUUCAGUUGAAUACAGCAGUAAAAGUUACGGAAGAAUGUAAAUUAACGGAUAUAUUGCAGACCUCAAAUGAUGAGAAUGGAGAUGAUGUUGCAGUAGGUCCAAGUGAUGGUAUUGUAUCAACAAAAGCGUACAUAUUUGGUCAUACAGAUUUAUCAGAUGAAGAAAUAUCCACAGCUACACCCAAAGUAUUCCGAUGUGAAUGUUGUUAUGCCACGUUUACAAGUCUCAAUCAAUUUAUGGAUCACAGAAAUUAUGAAUGUUUGGGUGAAGAUGAAUCUAGUAUGGUGUUUGCUGAAACCACAAAUGGUGGAUUUAUUGAUCGAUCAGACACACCUUUAUCUUCUAUAUCCUCCCAGAGUCCUGUUCCAGCAGGUAGUGAACCAAUGUCACCUAAGAGUCAGGGGAUGACACCAGAACAAGUACCAUAUGUAGUCGGAGUCAGUGAUGGUCAUCCAUAUGCUUGUCAAUAUUGUGAGAAGGCAUUUGCUAGAUUAGGUCAUCUAAAGAUACACGAACAGGUUCACUCUGAUCAGUUACCCUUUAAGUGCACCUAUUGUAAUAGGUUGUUUCGACAUAAACGUAGUCGUGAUCGUCACAUGAAGUUACAUACUGGUAUUAAGAAGUACAAAUGCACUGAAUGUACAUCCGCAUUUGCUAGAAGUGAUCACUUAAAGAGUCAUCUGAGGACACAUAAAAAUGACAAGAACACGCAGUGCCCAGUGUGUAAUCGUGGUUUUCAGAACACUGCAGCUUUGACAUCUCACAUGUUCUCUCAACAUAAACCAUCAUCUUCUUCUUCUGAUCAUAAAUGUCUACAGUGUCAGGAUCAUUUUACCAACAUGCAUGAUCUUCAGGCCCAUAUUCUUACCCAUAUCAAAUCAGAACACUUUCAGUGUAGUUAUUGUGGGGACAGUUUUACCACUCAAGAUUCUCUCGAUAUACACAUUGAUACACACUUGUCGGACAAAAAGAUCAAGUGCCCAAUUUGUUUUGAGGAACUGGAUACUACAGAAGAUUUGCUGCAGCACAUGGAAGUUCACAAUGAAACAAUCAACAAUGAAGAUACCUACAGACAUAAUGAAGCCGUUUUUUCCAUUUCGACCAAUGAGAAGGAAGGAUUGGGAGCUGAUAUGAUUACAGUUCCAGCUUUACCAAGCAUAGAUGGUACAGAGAAUCUAAUUUGCCCAUAUUGUAUGGAUGGUGGAUUUGACAAUCUUGAGAUGUUGGAGAUUCAUAUGCAGAGUGUUCAUUCAGUUAAAUCUACAGAAAUCUAUACAUGUAAUUAUUGUAAUGCUCCUUAUCCAAAUCUCUACAGUCUCCAUGCACACAUGAAUGUUGUUCAUAGCAACCAACCAUGUCUAGAUAUUAAAUACCCAUGUAGCUUAUGUACGGAACAGUUUUCAAGCAUAGAAACCUUGUAUAAUCACAAAAAGAAGCAACAUAAAUACAGUAACACUCAAACUCCUGAGCAAGAUUGCUUUUGCAUGCCCUGUGGGAUUGCCUUUCCUGAUAGCGGUUCGUUAGAAGAACACAAGCUUACAUCUCACGUUGGUAUGCUUGAUAAGAAACCGAGAGAGCACAAAUAUAAUACAGAUAGAAAGGCUGCUCUAACAUUUCCCAAAGAUGGCAUAAAUGAUAAACCACAAGUAAAGACUAAACUUGAAAGACACGAUGAGACCAUGGGUAGUGCCACAUGUGACCAAUGUAAUGCUACUUUUCAUGACAUUCAGAACUUCCAAGCACACAUGAAGCUCCACAUGGAUUCAGUGAUGUCCAAGUUUUCAUGUCAGCAGUGUAAUCAACAUUUUCCCACUGAAGAACUACUAGAAAGUCAUUCAGCUAUGCACUACCUAUCACUAACCACAGAGUAUGGGUGUACUAGUUGUAUGAAACUCUUUACAAAACCAGAUGAACUUCAGAAACACUUACUAGAUAUACAUGCACAUCAUUUGUAUAGGUGUUCUUUAUGUAAAGAAAUAUUUGACUCUAAAGUGAACAUACAGGUUCAUUUUGCCAUCAAACACAGCAAUGAAUGUAAACUCUAUAAAUGCACCCAGUGUCAAAAUGUGUUUCGUUCAGAGAUGGAAUGGCAAGUGCAUGUUCGUGUGAAUCAUCUGAAAAUGGCCAAACCCUAUCGUUGUUUGUUUUGUAAGGAGAGUUUCUCUAAUGAAAUGGAGCUUCAGUGUCACUUAACAACACACAGUAAACCUUUUAAGUGCUCAAUGUGUGAUGAAGCAUUUCAUAUUGAAUAUAUGUUGGAUCAACAUCUACAAGCAGUACAUGGUGACACCAUCAGUCCCACAAAACAGACCAUAGAAUCUUCUCCCAAACCAAGUGAAACAAAACCAUUUCAGAAAGUUUCAGACCAAUCAAGUCCUAUUCUUUCAGCUACUUUAUCCAGAUCAUGGGAACAAAGUCCUUCAGCCAAAAGUAGUCCAUCUCACCCCAACUGGACCAUUCCUAAAAGCAGUCCAGUGAGUCAGAUGUCACCAAGUCAAGUUGCUUGGGGGGCUUCUAGUCCUGGUGGGAAUCAGACUAAUGCUCAUCUACCUACAUGGAAUGCCACUAGUCCUGUAUCAGCAUCUACAACCAGAACACCACCCAGCAAUAUCUGGAAAAAUGUUGAACCUUUACAUAUUUGUAAUAUAUGUGACAUGAAGUUUAGUGAAAUGUCUUUGUUACAACUUCACAAAGUCCAAGAUCAUGGUGUGAAAACAUCUAAACAAGUCAACCUGUCUGGUAUAUUAAAUAUUCCCAAUGACAAGAUACCGAACAUGAAUCAAGCAAUGGUUUCCUCACUAGCCAUGGAUAAACCAACAUCUUCUUGUACCUUCUGCAGCCAAGUCUUCAAAAAUAAAAAUGAAUAUGAAAAACACAUGAAAAUUCACAUCAAUAAUGGCAACUUGAAAUGUAAUAUUUGUGAUGAGGUGUUUCCUACUCCUGAUAUUUUGGCAGAACAUAAGUUACAACAUUGUAAGAUUCAACAAGGUAAUGCUUGUGUUAUAUGUAAAGUUGGGUUAAAAUCAGAAGAUCAGUUUUAUAUUCAUUCCCAGGAACAUGGUUACCAAGGUUCUUUAUUACAGUGUAUAGUGUGUAGACAGACACUAGCCUCUUUAGUGGAACUACAGAUGCAUGGAAAACAUCACUUCCAGAAUAAACAGAACUUCUCUACCUGUUGUGUUUGCUUAAAGAGUUUUGAUUCCAAAGAAAAUUUGAUUUCUAAGUUAAAUUCGACCGGUCGAACAUAUUAUGUGUGCAAGCCUUGCUAUCAUGGAGAAAGUGAAGAAUUUAAAUGUUCCAAAUGUACACACACAUUCACAUCAAAUUCUCAACUAGAGGCUCACAUGCAAACCCAUCAACAGUCAUUUCAGUGUAUUAAAUGUCAGCAGAGUUUUAGUUCAGAAUAUGAAAUACAGCUUCAUGUAGCUACCCAUAUGAUGCAAGAAGGAAUAUUACAUGAAUGUAAACUAUGUACGCGGACAUUUGAUUCUCCUGCUAAACUUCAGUGUCACUUAAUAGAGCAUACAUACGAAAAUAAUUCAGAAAUAAUUUGUUGUGUCUGUUGCAAGUUAUUUGCAUCUGCUUUAGAAAUACAAAGUCAUGCUCUAGAACAUGGCGGCAGUGCUAAGAAGUAUGCUUGCGGAAAGUGUGAACAAAAAUUCUUUUUUAGUGCUGAAUUGGAGAAUCAUUAUUUAACAACAGGUCAUGGUCCUUCUACAGAUGGACUAGAAUGUCCAGAAUGUCAUAAAACAUUUGCUAACAGCGUUAACAUGAUGAAUCAUCGUAGAAUCCAUGAAAAGAAGGAAAAUGUCAUCAAAUGUCUGUUAUGUAAAGAAUUAUUUACCACUGUGUUCUCCAUGCAGCAGCAUUUCUUCAGUAGCCAUUCACGUACAGAGAUAGAGAAGGAGAAUAAAGUUUUCCAGUGUAACCAGUGUGAUCAGGAAUUUCCUUGUUUAAGUAAUCUUCAAGGUCAUUUACGUAGUCAUAAACCAGGUAACCAGUUUCCAUGUCCAGUAUGUAAUAAGAUGUUUGCUUUAGCCAGAAAUUUAACGAUACAUAUGAGGUCACAUAGUGGAGAAAAACCCUAUGAAUGUCCGAUAUGCAACAAAAGAUUUUCUAGGAAAGAAAAUAGAAAACAUCACAUGAAGUCACAUAAUGCCACUAAACCAUUUUUAUGCCCAGUUUGUGGAAAAACAUUUACUAGAAAGUGUCAUGUAAAAGAUCAUAUGAGAACCCAUUAUUCACAGCAAGACGCGGUUGCAAAGCUAGAACUGUCUAAUUUAGAGCUUGAUUUACCCAGUGAUACAAGUGAAGAUGCUAGUUUAAAUGGACUAUUGGGAAGUGAUGAACAAUCAGAUCUGGAUGAAUCACAAACAGAAAAUGGAAUUCAGGAUGAAGAUGAACAGAUUAUGCCAAAAAAGAUAAAACUGGAAGUUAUGCCUUAAUUUUCCCUUUAUUAACUUUGUCAAUUACUGUAGUUAACCUGUGAAAUAACAUACUGAACCAGUGCACCAACUCAAAACAAUAUAACUUUCAAAAUUUAUACACCCACAUUGAAAUUAAUGUGCUCAUAUAUUGUCUUUAUAUCCAUGUCUGUCUAUUGUCCACAAUUGUUUGCAGCUAAAGUUGCAUGGUUAAAUUAGAGACAACCGUUACUAACUGCUCAGACAAUUUCAGCCACAGAUUACCUAUUUGAGGGUGCCCCACACCUACCUCUGCAGAUGUUCACAGUCAAAUGAAAAUUUCUCAAGUUAUUACCUAACAGAUCCAAUGCACAUGAAAGGACAUCAGUAGCGGGCAUUUGCUUAUAAAUAGCUAAGCAUGUGAUAUUAUCUAGAUACAUAAUAGAAUCUAGAGUCUGAAUCACAGUCAUAUUUAGAUAGUCGUAGUGACAACAAAUUUAUUAAAUUGUGUUUGGUUUAUUGUGCAGUUUUAAUAACUGUACCAUUUGGAGUGGCAUCUUUUGUGUUUAGUAUAUCACUGAAGAACGUGUGGUAGGCAAGAAUAUAAUACUAGUUGUAUUGUUGACUUGAAUUGGUUAUGAUUUCUAUCUAGUUUUAUAUAAUGUUUCUUAUGAAAAUUAUCUUGAUAAUCAAGGCUCAUCAUCAAUCAGCCAGGGAAUGGUAUGUGGGCUGGUUUAGUGUGACUAAUUUAAAAAAAACCAAGGGUACACAACACCAAAGGCAUUGAAAAAUCCUGAAAAUUCAUAUGAACCCUUAUAUACCAGACAGACAAAUGGAUGUAUCUGAUGAUGAAAUAAAGCAUGAAGGGCCAUUUUUGGGAUGAUUUACAUGUUAAGACGGAAUCAGGCAGGGUUGUUGUUAGGUAUAAAUACGUGCAUGUCAAUAGUUUUUGGGAUUAUUUUCAAUAGUUUUUGGAGACUAUAUUGAAGAUAUAUUAAGUGGUGUUUUGAGUGGUAUUUAGUACUUAAGAGUAACACACUGAAAUUUAUAUAUAUAAGGAAUAACAAUUACCAUUUUAUAAACAUCUAACGUUUCAAUGAUGGACCAAUGAUCAUCGAAACAUUACAUGUUUGUAAACCAGUAAGUGUGCUAUAUUUGAAUUAUGUUAUUUAUUAAGAGGAAGAUCAAAAAGUGUAAAUUCACAUUUUAUUUGUAAUAUUUAAUUGUUAAGUUUUGUAUUUUGGUUAAGCUUUUAUUGUUAAUAUUUAGACUGAUAUUGCUGUUUUGUAAAC